ACAGUACCACCAAAGUUAUAUCCCUUCUCGCCAGCUAUAUUGUGCAUUCUCGCGCUUUCAUCAAUGCUUGGCACACUUGCAAGGCUAGGUCUCGACGCCUUGACUUCCUACGAAGGACAAAGCGUCUUCCCACUGGCUUGGGUGCAAGCCACCGGCUGCCUGGUCAUGGGAUUCGCAGUUGGUCUUCGCGAACCGAUAACCCAAUUUUCCCCAUCGUUGUACACUGCUAUCACAACUGGUUUUUGCGGGUCAUUGACAACGUUCUCAUCUUGGAACUUAGAUAUGUUCUUGGCCUUCUCGAAUGCUUCUGGGGCUCGACGAAUCUGGCUUUAUGAUGCUGUCGACGGAUUAUCCCAUCUCUUCGUUACCUUUUCGGUAUCACUUUCCUCCCUUGCACUUGGUCUCCAUCUCGCGAAAUUGGUUCUUCCUUUCCUCCCUGUCAAGAUCACGCCCCUUAGCCCAUUGAUCCAAUACAUUAUAUCCGCUCUAUCAAUAGUGUCCUACAUCUUAACGAUCCCACUCUACUUUAUCUUAUCACACGCCUUCCGACCUCAAGCGACUUCUGCCUUGCUCUUUGCUUUUCCAGGAACCCUCACCCGGUAUAUCCUUUCGGUAACACUUAAUCCCCGGAUACCCUCAUUCCCGCUAGGAACGUUUGCCGCAAACAUAUUCGCCACGGCUCUCAUUGGCGCCUUUCAUACUCUUCAACAUCGUGACAAUCCCUUAAUCUCGCAUGUCUCCUGCGAAAUCCUGAAGGGUUUGAGUGACGGUUACUGCGGGUGCUUGAGCACCGUGAGCACCUUUGCAGUUGAGGUGAGAGCGUUAAAGAGGAAGGCCUGGGUGUAUGCAGCAGCUAGUCUCAUAGUUGCGCAAAUAUCCCUUGUUCUUAUCGCAGGCGUUCCCCGGUGGAGCGGUGUCACCAAGGAAAGCAGCAUGUGCUCGUACGAGUAGUCUCCUCCGUCUCAUCUUGCAUGUAAAUCCAUGUCAAUCCAAGGAGAACGUUCGGGCUAUUUCAGGCUAAGAUCAAUGCGACGGGUGUGUCCGCUUUUGAUUCUCGAGCUCCUAGUCGGAAUUGCACACCUGAGGAAUCUGAAUCUCG